GCCUUGGCUUAGUUCCAGGGAAGUUGUAACCGCAACAAGAUUUCCAUUCUGUCCAACACCCUGGAGAGCAACUAAGAUAAGUACAUGGGAGAAAAGACGGACACUUCGGCAGCAGAGGGACCUGCAUUGGCAUCUUAUCGUGCUAUAGAUAUGGAGGCGUCCAGUGACAAGCUUUUCUGCUGCAGGUGGGUGCGCAACAAGGUUCCCCUGGCCCACAGAGAGGAGCUGUACCACAUCCUGAGGAUGACGGGGCCUCUGCUGCUCUCUCGAAUCCUCAAUUACCUGCUUCCAUUUGUAGUCACAAUGUUCUGUGGACGUCUGGGAAAUGACGUGAUGGCUGGCUACGGAUUGGCUUCUGCUACGAUUAAUGUCACCACUGCAGCAACUGGAUAUGGUCUGGGGCUGGCAUGUGAUACGCUGGUGUCUCAGACAUUUGGUGGUAGGAACCUGCUGCGGGUGGGAGUGAUCCUUCAGCGGGGCAUCAUCAUCCUGUUGCUGUUCUGUCUGCCUUGCUGGGGUCUGCUCAUUAAUGCCAAGGCCAUCCUGUUAUGUGUGGGUCAGGACCCUGAGGUGGCCAGAAUAGCCCAGCUGUAUAUUACAGCCUUCCUCCCUGCUGUACCAGCAAUGUUUCUACAUAAUCUUCAGGUGUCUUACCUGCAGAACCAGGGUAUAAUACUGCCUCAAAUGUACACUGCCGCCAUGGCAAACAUUGCAAAUCUGGUGACGAACUACGUCUUUCUUCACUGGCUGGAUCUGGGGGUUAGUGGAUCUGCAGCAGCCAAUACUCUGUCUCAGAUUUACAUCUGUGCUUUUCUGUUUGCUUACAUUUGGUGGAAGAAGCUCCAUGUGAAAACAUGGGGAGGUUGGUCCGUAGAAUCACUGCAGGAGUGGGGUUCCUACAUGAAGCUGGCCAUCCCCAGUACACUGAUGAAGUGCUUUGAGUGGUGGGUUUAUGAGUUUGGAGGAUUUUUUGCAGGGAUGCUGAGUGAAGACGAGCUGGCAGCUCAACAUGCUGUGAUAAUGGUGGCAUUCAUAACCUACAUGUUUCCUCUCGGUGUUCAAGCUGCAGCGUGUGCCCGUGUGGGUAAUGCUCUCGGGGCAGGAGACAGUGCCAGGGCAAUCCUCACCAGCAAGAUGUCACUCACUCUUGCAGGCAGCAUGGCGGUUGUUGAAGGUCUGGUGCUUGGCUCGACUAAAACAGUGAUUGGCUCCAUCUUCACCUCUGAUGAGAAGAUCAUAGGUCUGGUUUCGCACUUGAUGAAUGCCUACUGUUUCCUCCAGUUCUUCGAUGGUCUUGUGUGUGUGUGCACGGGCAUCUUCUUGGGCACGGGCAAACAGAAGAUACCAGCUGUGGCUAAUUUCAUUGGCUACUACUGCAUAGGACUUUCACUGAGUAUUACUUUAAUAUUUGUAGCAAAGCUGAGAGUUUUAGGUUUUUGGCUGGGACUGCUUGUUUGUGUCAUUUUACAAUCCACCUUCUACAUCAUUGUCAUCUUCAAGCUGAACUGGGAGAGAAUGACAGAGGAGGCGCUGAAACGAGCUCAGAAGAACACUCACAUGAUAUUACUAAGCACAGCUGCACUGUCGGACACUGCUGGUAACAAUACUGCUGACCGGACAGCGGGUAAUGGAAACUCAGUGAAUGGCUAUAUAUCUGUGAGAAGUGAGUGCCAUGAUGGGAACACAGAGACACAAGAUGGACAUGUGGUCCAGCAGGUGAAGGGAGGUCGUCUCUCCACCACCCAGCUGAUACUCAGGCGAGGCCUCACUAUGUUUUUGGCUGUCGGACUACUGGCUGUGGGAGCAAGUGUGCACUUCCUUGCACCCUUUCCACAGACCUUUUCUUCAGAGGCCAACUUUACGAAGGCCUGGAUCAAUAGUACGUACACUCCUGAUCAAAUUUUAUCCACUGUUCUGGUCCCAAAUGAAGAGUCAGCUUGACUUCAAGA